GGGCUGCAGCCGGAGUGGAGCGGCUGCCAGCCGGGGAGCAGGCGCGGCCGCGGCGCCAUAUUGCGGCCCUCUGAGGCUGCAACCGAGUCAUGGCCGAGACAUACGACUUCCUCUUCAAAUUCCUGGUGAUCGGCAGUGCAGGAACUGGCAAAUCAUGUCUCCUUCAUCAGUUCAUUGAGAAUAAGUUCAAACAGGAUUCCAACCACACGAUCGGCGUGGAGUUUGGAUCUCGAGUGGUCACCGUGGGUGGGAAGACUGUCAAGCUACAGAUCUGGGACACUGCUGGCCAGGAGCGGUUCCGGUCGGUGACGCGGAGUUAUUACCGAGGGGCAGCGGGAGCCCUGCUGGUCUACGACAUUACCAGCCGGGAGACGUACAACUCGCUGGCUGCCUGGCUGACGGACGCCCGCACGCUGGCCAGCCCCAACAUUGUGGUCAUCCUCUGCGGCAACAAGAAGGACCUGGACCCUGAGCGUGAGGUCACUUUCCUGGAGGCCUCCCGCUUUGCCCAGGAGAAUGAACUCAUGUUCCUGGAGACGAGCGCGCUCACGGGCGAGAACGUGGAGGAGGCUUUCCUGAAAUGUGCGCGCACCAUCCUCAACAAGAUUGACUCAGGCGAGCUGGACCCUGAGAGGAUGGGCUCAGGCAUUCAGUACGGCGAUGCCUCCCUCCGCCAGCUGCGGCAGCCUCGGAGCGCCCAGGCCGUGGCCCCUCAGCCCUGCGGCUGCUGAGACCUGCGGAGCCAGUGUUGCACAUUGGAAUCAUCUGGAGAGCUUCAAAGGUACUGAUACCCAGGCUUUACCCCAGAGAUUUUGAGGUAAUUUCAAGAUUUCUAGAAGCUUCUAGAUAAUGCUAUGUGCAAUCAAAGCAAAAAGCAUGUAUCUAAUGUGUCUCCAGCUUGGGAAACACUGGAAGAAGGCCUAAAGCUAGGGUGAUCAGGGAUAUGGGACACAGAGAUACAAAAGUAGGGAUAUGGUAUUUAGACAAUGAAAUGUCCCUUUACAGAUGUUCCCUCAGGUAAGCAAGCAGGGAGAUGGGGGGUGGGCAGGAGAGAAAGAAAGUGAAAAGGAGGGAGAGAGAUGGAGAGACUGAUUCUUAAAUUAUCUGUAGAGGAGAGACAAAAUUUCAGGCAGUGUCAAAACUUCGGUAGAAAGAGUAUAGACAGUCAGAUACAGAUGGAAGGUCAGGGAGAUGCCAACAAGUGAGAUGUAGACACCAGCUAGACAGACCCAGGACCCCUCCAGGUCACUACACCUUCUCUUUCAGCUCAUCUGUUCUCCAGGACCAGCCCUGCCCUUCCGGCUGGGGCCCAGACCCAGGCCCCAGGAGGCCAUGCCCCAACCUGCCCCAGCCCUGGAGAUGUUGCCCUGCCACCUGUCCUCCUUCCCUGGCCUGGUGGGGCCUGGCUUUGGGGCAAGACUGAGCCAUGGGGGAAGGGGGAACCCAUACCUGCUGCUGCUUCCUCUGUCUUGGCUAACCUCUGUCCCCCUUGAACCCUUAACCAUACGCCACGAGCUCUCAAAGCCUGAGACCAGGGCCUUUUGGCUCCAGCUUCCCACCUGGCCCUGCUAUUGCCAGUACCUGUUAUUUAUUACCUAGAGGCCUGUCCCACCGUGGCCUACCCCCAUAAAGCAUUGUUUACACCUGU